AUGAGCCUUGCCGAAGCUGCGCCCAUCGCCCGCGAUGUCCAAUAUGACGACCAGCGAUUAGGUGAUUCGACGCCUCGCGCCAGCGAACUCAACAGAGAAACGGAUAACCAUCGCGAAGACACAAAGAAGGACGGAAAGAGCAAGAUGCGUGGCUUGUUUGGUCUUGGUAAAAAGAAGUCAUCGUCCCUCAUGAAAUCUGAUUCGAAAACCGAUACCAACGCCAAAUCUGAAUCUCGCAACGAGUCUCAAACUCCCUCCAACGAAAACUCCAACCCCACCAGCCCAUCUCUAUCUCGAGACGCUUCCAAGCUAUCCUCGAACUACCCAUCACGAUCCCCUACUGGCGAGCAGAGUUUUACUGUACCUGCGUCCCCGAGUCGCGGCUUCACGGGCUCUCCGCGAUUGUCCUCACCAGCUACAUCACAGAUCUUUGAGCGUGAUGUCCAGGACAGCUCCGUCAUCUUGCCCAACUCCCCGGCCAUCCCAACGCACAUUCAAACCGAGAACUAUAUUCCUCCCGUCCUUGAUGAUGCGUCCGAAGCCAUCACGAACCACAAGCUGGACCCUGAUUCGGUCGAGAUUGUGACUCACAGCUCGCAUCAACCCGCCUCAGUGACAGUCACAGGGGCCAGCACUGGUCUCCCCUUGUACGAUCCCUCUGCAAGUGAGUGGGCAGCGGAACUCGCAUCGUUUGCGGACCGGGACGCUGUUUCGACGGACAACGCUUCCAACUAUGGAUCAUUGGACUCUGCAGACGUCCGCAGGCUAUCCUUCAUCUCGUUCGCCGACGUUGUACAGGCUGAGCACAAUCCUGCUUCAGGUAUUGCGGGCUCCCGCGACAGCAUCCAUCUUGCGGGUCUUACAUCUCUACCCGCAGCAAUGAACCGCUCACCUUCGCCCAUUCGAUCACCUGUAUCGAGCCAAGGACCCGAGACAAGCCCCCCUACGAGCAACCCCGGCAGUAUGAAGGGCAUUGAGAUGAGCCCCUCACGAAGACCACUGGGUAGCCCAACCAGCAUCAACAACCUCAAGCUUAACGUUUCAGGGGGCGAUUUGAACAUUGAGACAAUGAGCCAGGCUCUGCGAAGAACUGGCAGCACUGAUCUCAGCCAUGUUCGAAGCGGUCCUGCAAGCCCAAUUGAGACCUCCCACCUUCGUUAA